ACUUAACGCUCGGCGCGGAAGUGUGGAAGAUGGACGGUACGUCCUACAGGUGUGCGUCAGUUUUGUUUUAAACUGACAACUCGCGCUCCGCUGACACUUCGUGCCGCGCGAUUGUGCAAAUAUACCCGCACCAAAGUACUCCGUCGAUAACCAAAGACAGCGCGCGCCUCGGAUCACCAUGGAAGGAGGUGGCGAAGUUGUCACAGAGGUGCCGAGUUCGCUCAAGAAGCUCGUGCGGCUUACGAUUCGAGGCUUCUACAGCGUGGAACACGUAAUCGUCGUCGACAUGCUCAUUCGGAACCCCUGCGUCAAGGAGGACGACCUUGCCGACCUCCUCAAGCUGGAGAAGAAGCAACUGCGAGCCGUCGUCGCUCAGCUAAAGAGCGACCGCUUCGUCAAGGUCCGACUGCGGAUGGAGACGGGCAGCGACGGCAAGGCGACCCGGCAAAACUACUACUACAUAAAUUACAAGGUGUUCGUGAACGUGGUCAAGUACAAGCUCGAUCACAUGCGCCGCAAGAUCGAGACCGAGGAGCGCGACUCGACGAGUCGCGCGUCAUUCCGCUGCACUGGCUGCUCCAAGAGCUUCACGGACCUCGAAGCGGACCGGCUGCUGGACAUGGCCAGCGGCCAGUUCCGCUGUAGCUACUGUUGUGCGCCUGUCGAAGAGGACCAAGGGGCACUACCGCGGCAGGACUCGCGCCUCCUGCUGGCCCGGUUCAACGAUCAGAUACAGCCGCUGUACUCGCUUCUGCGCGAGUUGGACGACGUGCGGCUGGCGCCGCAUUUGCUCGAGCCCGAGCCGACGGACUUGAGCGCGGUGUUGCAGCAGAGCCGCCGCGCCGGAGGACGCGCCAGUCCGACGGUGCAGAUUCAGCAGGGCCGGUCCAGGGAUGGUCCCUGGAGCGGCGACGCCACCCGGCACCAGGGUUCCGCGCAGGGUGCCGGCAUCACCGUCAACCUGGGCGAGGCGACUCCGUCAGCUCCUUCGGCACCACAGCGCGAGGCGCCAGCGUGGAUGGUCCACAGCACUGUUCUCGACACGCCGGUCGCGCCAGCUAAUGUACCUGAAGAAGUGGCUCCAGUCAUCCCUGAAACGGGAUCGCGGCCUCACAGUGCCAUCAUGGAGACUCUGUUGGCACACGAAAAGCAGCCUGUUGCACAGCCCCCCAAGGACUCGAGUGACUCGGAAGAUGGUCAAGCUAUGCCCGAGCCAGUGCGAGACGUUGCGCAGUCUGACGAAGAAGAAGAUGAGGAGGAAGAGGAGGAGACCCAGGUGAUGGUGGAAGGGAAGCCAGUGCCUCUGCAAGACGUCACGGAGGAAAUGGUGGCCCGCAUGACAAGCACCGAAAAAGAGGACUACAUUCGGCUACGGCAGGAGCUGUACUCCAUGAUGUACGAUUGACGCGAUUGCACGGAUGACAGUUUU